UAGCGGUAGAAAACUAGGUUGUCUUCUCCCUCUCUCGUCCACUUUCAAUAGCUUUAAUCCGGGGGAUGGCUACGCUUCAAACUACUGCGAACAAAAUGGUGCUUAAAGCUGUUUGUGUGCUGAAAGGAGCCGGCGAAACCACCGGGACAGUCUACUUCGAACAGGAGAGCGACUCCAGCCCAGUGAAGCUGACAGGCGAAAUCAAAGGCCUCACGCCAGGCGAGCAUGGCUUCCACGUCCACACCUUUGGCGACAACACUAACGGGUGUAUCAGUGCAGGACCUCACUUCAACCCGUUCAACAAAACUCACGCCGGUCCGAAGGAUGCAGUUAGGCACGUCGGCGACCUGGGCAACGUGACCGCAGGUGCCGAUAACGUAGCCCAAAUCAACAUCAUAGACAGCGCAAUCUCCCUCACCGGCCAGUACUCCAUCAUUGGCAGAACCAUGGUGAUCCACGAGAAGGCCGAUGAUCUGGGCAGAGGCGGCAACGAAGAGAGCUUAAAGACUGGAAAUGCUGGCGGGCGACUGGCUUGCGGUGUCAUUGGCAUCACCCAGUAAAAACACCACUGUUGGAAAACGGAAGCUUAAAGCACCCAAGACCGACUUGGCUACUUGGUGUUUUGUUUUGUUUUUUUUGACCAUUUUGUGAGCCAGCAUUUAUGCUGUUCUUAAAGCACUUGUCUGUCUGCUGGGACCCCAAAAAGAUGUUGUGUACUCGUUGGAACUGACUGCAUAGAAAAAUUAAAUAAAGAGUUCAUCCUCAUGCUCAA